AUGGGUUUUAUCCAAGGCAUCAACCAAAAGGAAAAGUUAAAGAGACGGGGUCGGGUAGGUUUGGGGUUCCAGGACUCGUCCUCUCUAGAAACCGCCCUCCUUCCAGCCUGGCCCCGGGCAGAACGCCAGUGCGCACGCCGGGCGCAGCGGAAGGUCGCGGCCCAGGGCGGCGACUCCCGCCCUCGGGCGACCAGCAGGGUCCGGACAGCGGAGUCUCCCCGCCUCGCCUCGCCCUGGGCCGGCGCCCCUCAGCUCCUCCUCCGUGGCCUCGGCUCGUCGGGCCCGCCGGCCCUCCGCCCACCCGGCCCGUGGCAGCGGCCGCCUCACCUACAACCCGAGGGUGGGCCCGUCCCGCUCCACCAAGGCAACGCUGAAGGUCUUCUCGAACCAACGCCGUCUGCGCCUGCGCGACCUCGCUCCCCGCCGCGCCUGCGCGCCCGUCGCCCCGCAGCGCGAGUGCGCGCGGCGCCGCGCCUCAGACCCGGCGCGCAGGGGGCCGCGGCGGGCGUCUCCGCCAACUGUCCGGCUCCGCGCGCGCGUGCGCAGGAGGCCCAGCCGGCGGGUGACCGGCCGGGCGCGGGUCGUGGAAAUGGCCGAAAGGCCUGGAGGACCUUAGCUGUGCCCGGAGGCGCCGUUCUCGCGAGAACGUGCCGAAGCCAUGGCUACUGUCCCCCGAAGGGGCGCGGGCAGGGCGCCAGCAGAGAACCAGGGCGGGCUCUGCAGACCCGAGCUGCAAGCUAGCGCGUCGCUCCCGGACCCUGCCUCCCUCCGGUGGAUGACUUGCAGAUCUUGAUGGGAGCUUCGUCCCAGGUCGACUAUAAUUGUAAAAUUUGCCUGAGCCCAGAGGGGAGAGAUUUGAUGGAGACAUCCCACUGAGGACUGAGUGUUCAAGGUCUCUCUCUGCACAUUAUCCAGUUGUGAGUCUCUGUGUUAGUUCCCAUCUUAUGCAGGAAGAAGCUUCUCUGACGAGAGCUGAAGGACACACUAACCCACAGGUUGUUGCAGGAUAUUUGCUUACAUUUAGAACCCCAAGACUGUGCACUGGAAAAACCUUGUUCUGUUGUGGCUCAACCCUAGCACGCUGAAGAGCUUUCUGUAAACACAAGCUAAAUAAAGUCACCGACAGGUCAAGAGGUAGAGCUAGCAACCAAUUGAGAGGAAGUAGGCAAAAAAAAAGUAGAAAGCACAGUCUUUGGGUUGAAUAGUAUUUAAGACAGCAUAGAGAAGGAGAAAGCUCUUUCCUUCUGCAAUGUCAGAGGAGUAGGAAAGUCAGCUGGGUGCUUUCACCAGAGUCUGGCUCCUAAGUCUUCAUUUGGUAAAUUGAACAUUUGAGAUUUUGUUUUAAAAACAACAGAGGGUAUAGCAGAAUAUCAUUAGGACUCAUAACUGCGUUCCUUUAUUAGAACAGUAGUAUUGGUUUUCUCUUAGAUCCAUGGCCUACCUAGUCUCAGGUUCUUGGCCACCAAAGCAGUGUGAGACAUGUCAGACUCAUGAAGUGGGCUUUAAAUCCAAUCAGAUAGUGGUUGGUUAAUCCCACAACUUGUGUGUAGGCAUAAAUUUUCUUUGCAACCUACUUUUAAUGAGGGUUCAACCUCUCCUCUAGCCUACUACCCAGUAGAAGUAGUGGAAGAGAAAAGAUUUUAGGACAUGGUGGAAGUGGACCUGUUCAGCAAUGUUUCUAUGGGGCGGGCUUGCUCUUCGUUCUCAGCAGUCCAGUCCCAUAGCAAACACAAAAUACAACUCAGCAGCUGCAGACCAGUCCUCCAGGCAGGCGGAUAACACCCGUGGACUAGCAGCGACAGUCCUUUUGGCAGGCAGACAUCACGUGCAAACCAGCAGCUGUAGUUCAAUCCUGAAGAAACCACAAGACUCGCCAACCAGCCCAAGGCAAGGCCACUGAAGCUGCAAGUUGCCACAGGAACCUCACAAGCAGUUCAUAGGCAAGUUUCUCUCCAUGGCAGCGUUACCACAAGUUGAGCUCAACAACGCUAUGUAAGAGAAACCCUGUCUCAAAAAAACCAAAUCCAA